CACGCUUUUCGUCGUUUCGUCGUUCGUCUUUAAAAAGCCGCAAUUAAGAGUUUUGUUUAAGUAAAAGACUUUUUGAAGAAUAAUCUUUUAAUAAUGGAGUGUCUCCUAGGAAUUCAGUGCAAGGACUUUGUCCUCGUUGCGGCUGACAUGACGAACGCCUCGUCCAUCAUGGUUAUGAAAAGCGAUGAAAACAAACUUUACAAGCUGUCGGAUAAACUGGUGAUGGCCGUGUGCGGUGAGAGCGGUGAUGCUAUUCAGUUCUCCGAGUACAUAAGCAAAAAUCUGCAGCUUUACAAAAUGCGCAAUGGUUAUGAGCUGUCACCCAAGGCCUCGGCCAAUUUCACAAGAAAGAACCUUGCCGACUAUCUCAGGUCCAGGACGCCUUAUGCCGUCAAUCUUCUGAUGGCAGGCUGUGACAAUGAAACUGGUCCUGAACUUUAUUUCAUAGAUUAUCUAGCAUCCUCUGUCAAAGUACCUUAUGCUGCUCAUGGCUAUGGUGGAUUUUUUGCACUCAGCAUCAUGGACAGAUACCACAAGUGCAACAUGUCAGUUGAUGAUUGCUAUGAUUUAAUGAAAAAGUGUGUCCGUGAAAUACACAAAAGAUUGAUUGUCAAUCUUCCAAACUUCAAAGUUCAAAAAGUAUCCAAGGAUGGAAUUGAAAAUUUACCUCCAAUAACGGCUCAGGACUUAGCUGUGGAAACCGCUCGAGCUAUUUGAGCGUUUAAGUAAAAAAAAUACUAUUUAAAAAAUUUGUACAUCCUCAUAAAAAUCAACUAUGAUUUAAAAUUGAUGUCUUCAACUUUUGUUAUGCAUAAAUAAUUUUUUAUGAAAUAAAAGAAAAGCACUGUUUUAAAAUUA